ACAAAUUAAGUUGAACUUGAAGGUGAAGUGAAAUUUCUCCGCAGUCCGCUACAUUCUCCGGUCUCCAGAGUGUAGUGCACAAACUUCACAAAGAUGUCAUUGGCAUCAUCUUCAACCUGGUUAACAUCCCUCUCAUGUGCAUUCCCUGAGAAACAAACCUCAGGGUACACGUUUGUCUCAACUCUGCUUCAAUGGUUUGAGUUUAUUUUCCUCUCACCUUGUCCUCAGAGAGCUAUAUUGUCUUUCAUUGAUGUCGUCCUCCUCUUCUUUCUCUUUGUCUUUGCUGUCACCAAGUUCUGGAAAAGGUCCACCAACCUCAACGAACCACUCAUCAGAAAUAACAAUAACAUAUCCAUUUUCUUGACUACGUGGUUUAAGCUAACCUUAACUGUGGCGAUUCUGUUGACUCUAGUUUACACGGUUGCUAGUGUUCUUGCUUUCAGCAGUUCCUCUGAGGUGCCGUGGAACCAAGUUGAUGAGGUGUUUUGGUUAGUCCAGACCAUAACACACGCGGUGCUUGUCGUCUUGAUCAUUCACGAGAAAAGAUUUGAAGCCGUUAAACACCCUCUGUUGGUGAGACUUUAUUGGAUUGCGAAUUUCUUUGUUAUUUCUCUGUUCGCUGUUUCUGCGGUUAUACGUUUGGUCUCCGUGGACGUGGAUGGAACCAUAAACUUUAAGGUGAAUGACGUGGUGUCUUUCAUUUCACUCCCUCUGUCCUUGUUUCUUCUUUUUGUUGCGGUUAAAGGAUCCACUGGCAUUGUUAUUCCGACAGAAGAAACACGACCACUUCUUGAGGAGGAAACUAAGUUAUACGAUGGUGGUGAUGAGACAGAAUCCGAGGUUACUGGCUUCGCUUCAGCUUCUAUAUUAUCCAAGGCAUUUUGGAGUUGGAUAAACCCCUUGUUGCGUAAAGGGUACAAGUCCGCGCUGAAGAUUGAUGAGAUUCCAACGCUUUCUCCAGAGCAUAGAGCUGAGAGAAUGUCAUCUAUUUUUGAAUCGAAGUGGCCUAAAUCAAACGAGAGGUCGAAGCAUCCGGUUAGAAUCACUUUGCUUCGGUGCUUUUGGAAGGAGUUAGCCUUCAAUGCUUUCCUUGCAAUUAUUAGGCUCUGCGUCAUGUUUGUGGGGCCGGUUCUCAUACAAAGUUUUGUUGAUUUCACAUCAGGGAAGAGAAGCUCUGAAUACGAAGGAUAUUACCUCGUGUUGAUUCUUCUCGUUUCUAAGUUCAUUGAAGUCUUGGCUACUCAUCAUUUAAACUUCCAAGCUCAGAAGCUAGGGACGCUUUUACGGUCAACUCUUAUCCCUUCUUUGUAUAAAAAGGGGUUAAUGCUAUCAUUCUCUGCUCGGCAGGAUCAUGGGAUAGGGACUAUUGUGAAUUACAUGGCUGUUGAUACCCAGCAACUCUCGGACAUGAUGCUUCAGUUCAAUGCUGUGUGGAUCAUGCCGUUUCAAGUUGCCAUUGGCAUGUUUCUGCUUUACAAUUGUCUAGGUGCCUCAUCCGUCACCGCGUUUCUCGGUCUUCUUGGUGUUUUUGUGUUUGCUGUGAUUGGUACCCGUAGGAACAACCACUUCCAAUACAAUGUCAUGAGGAACCGUGAUUCUAGAAUGAAGGCUGUGAAUGAGAUGCUUAAUUACAUGCGUGUGAUCAAGUUCCAGGCCUGGGAGGAACAUUUCAGCCAGAGAAUCAUGGGAUUCCGUGAGACCGAGUAUGGGUGGCUCUCCAAGUUGAUGUUCACAAUUUGUGGCAAUAUUGUUGUGAUGUGGAGCACGCCGCUGUUGGUGUCAACUAUCACAUUUGGUACAGCUAUUUUGCUGGGAGUUCAACUUGACGCGGCCACGGUGUUCACCACAACAACUGUGUUCAAGAUAUUGCAGGAGCCUAUUAGGACAUUCCCACAGUCUAUGAUAUCUCUCUCACAAGCAUUUAUAUCACUGGAGAGGUUAGACAGGUUCAUGUUGAGCAGAGAAUUGUUGGGUGAUUCAGUUGAGAGAGAGGAAGGCUGUGGUGGAAAAACAGCAGUGGAAAUCAUAGAUGGGACUUUUAGUUGGGAUGAUGAUAACAUGCAGCAGGACUUGAAAAAUGUUAAUCUGGAGAUCAAAAAGGGAGAGCUUACUGCAAUUGUUGGGACUGUAGGGUCAGGAAAGUCCUCUCUCCUCGCAUCAAUUCUUGGAGAGAUGCGUAAGAUUUCUGGAAAGGUCCGGGUUUGUGGGAAUGUUGCCUAUGUUGCACAAACAUCUUGGAUUCAGAAUGGAACUAUUGAAGAGAACAUUCUCUUUGGUUUACCAAUGGACAGACGGAGGUACAAUGAAGUUAUCAGGGUGUGUUGUUUGGAGAAAGAUUUGGAAAUGAUGGAUUAUGGGGAUCAAACAGAAAUUGGAGAGCGUGGUAUCAACCUUAGUGGAGGCCAGAAGCAGCGUAUACAACUUGCCAGGGCUGUAUAUCAAGACUGUGAUAUAUAUCUUCUUGAUGAUGUCUUUAGUGCUGUUGAUGCUCAUACCGGUUCUGAAAUAUUUAAGGAAUGCGUGAGGGGAGCUCUAAAAGGCAAGACCAUUAUUCUUGUAACGCACCAAGUAGAUUUCCUACAUAAUGUGGAUCAAAUAUUGGUGACGAGGGACGGUAUGAUAGUUCAAUCAGGGAAAUACGAUGAAUUAUUAGAUUCUGGAAUGGAUUUUAAAGCUCUGGUAGUUGCACAUGAGACCUCCAUGGCUCUAGUAGAGCAGGGUCAGGGUGUGGUCAUGCCUGGUGAAAAUUUGAAUAAACCAAUGAAAUCUCCUGAGGCAAGAAAUUCUGGUGAAAGCAAUUCUCUUGACCGGCCUGUGUCAAGCAAGAAAAGUUCUAAACUCAUCAAAGAAGAGGAGAGAGAAACCGGCAAAGUGAGCUUACAUAUCUAUAAACUCUACUGCACUGAGGCUUUUGGGUGGUGGGGCAUUACAGUAGUAUUGAUUUUUUCUUUGUUAUGGCAAGCGUCUAUGAUGGCAAGUGAUUAUUGGCUGGCAUAUGAAACCUCGGAAGAACGUGCUAAAAUGUUUAACCCUUCUCUGUUCAUUUCCAUCUAUGCAAUUAUUACUGCUGUUUCAAUUAUUUUGGUAGUGAUAAGAUCCUACAUCUUUACACUCUUGGGGCUAAAGACAGCACAAAUUUUCUUCACACAAAUUCUUCGUAGCAUCUUGCGUGCGCCCAUGUCCUUCUUUGACACUACGCCAUCUGGGAGAAUUCUAAGUAGGGCAUCCACUGAUCAGACCAAUGUUGAUGUCCUUCUCCCCUUGUUCACGGGAAUUGUUAUUGCUAUGUACAUUACAGUGCUCAGCAUCUUGAUCAUCACCUGUCAAAAUUCUUGGCCAACAUCGUUUUUGAUAAUUCCUCUUAUUUGGUUGAAUAUUUGGUACCGGGGUUACUAUCUUGCAACAUCUCGCGAAUUAACUCGCUUAGAUUCAAUUACCAAAGCACCAGUUAUUCAUCACUUCUCUGAAAGCAUUGCAGGGGUCAUGACAAUUCGCUCAUUCAGAAAGCAAAAGAAUUUUUGUGAAGAAAAUCUCAAACGGGUGAAUGAUAAUUUGCGUAUGGAUUUCCACAACUAUAGUUCUAAUGUGUGGUUGGGAGUACGCUUAGAGUUGCUUGGAAGCUUUGUCUUUUGCAUUUCUGCAAUGUUCAUGAUCAUCUUACCCAGCAGUAUCAUUAAGCCAGAAAAUGUUGGUUUAUCUCUCUCUUAUGGGUUGUCCUUAAAUGCUAGCUUGUUCUGGGCCGUAUUCAUGAGCUGUUUCAUCGAAAACAAGAUGGUAUCUGUUGAGAGGAUAAAGCAAUUUACAAAUAUUCCAUCAGAACCAGCAUGGAAUAUCAAGGAUCGUAUGCCUCCUUCAAAUUGGCCAAGUCAAGGCAAUGUAGAUAUCAAAGACUUGCAGGUCAGAUAUCGUCUAAACACUCCUCUGGUUCUUAAAGGCAUUACUUUAAGCAUUAGUGGAGGUGAAAAGGUUGGUGUUGUUGGUCGAACUGGGAGCGGAAAGUCAACUUUAAUUCAAGUAUUCUUUAGGCUGGUGGAACCUUCACGAGGGAAAAUAAUAAUUGAUGGUAUUGACAUAUCCGCUUUGGGGCUUCAUGAUCUUAGAUCACGGUUUGGUAUCAUUCCUCAGGAGCCGGUGCUUUUUGAAGGAACUAUCAGAAGCAACAUUGAUCCCAUUGGACAGUAUACAGAUGAAGAAAUAUGGAAGAGCUUGGAACGGUGUCAACUAAAAGAGGUUGUUGCUACUAAGCCUGAAAAGCUUGACUCUUUAGUGGUGGAUAAUGGAGAGAACUGGAGUGUUGGGCAGAGACAGUUGCUUUGUCUAGGGAGGGUCAUGCUUAAGAGAAGUCGACUCUUGUUUAUGGAUGAGGCAACUGCUUCUGUUGAUUCUCAAACCGAUGGUGUGGUUCAGAAGAUCAUUAGAGAGGACUUUGCAGCAUGUACCAUCAUUAGCAUUGCUCACAGAAUACCCACAGUCAUGGACUGUGACAGAGUUUUAGUAGUAGAUGCAGGGCGAGCCAAAGAAUUUGAUAAGCCCUCCAACUUGCUUCAGAGGCAAUCUCUCUUUGGGGCAUUAGUUCAAGAGUAUGCCAAUCGCUCCACUGAACUAUAAGAAUCUCUCGUGCUCCUUUUGACUCGUCUAUGGUGGGCUUUUAGCCUAAUAUUCUUCUUAGGUUAAGAUGAUAGAAAAAGGAAAACAUGAAUGUUAGGGAAUAUAUUCUUUUAACAUUUUUUGAGGUGUUGGAUUGUGUAUUGUUUUGAGUAAAAAUUCAAUCCUUGUGUCCCUAACUCUUAAGCUUUUUGUCUGAACGGACGUAUUUGUAUGGGUUUAUUAACUUUUGAUUCCUCAUCUUUGUACA